AUGCAAGAAGUGUUGCUACCUGUGUUCUUAAUUAUAACUUCAUUGCAACCUAAAAUGGUUCUUCCCAAAAGUUGUUAUUUUUCACAAGCAAGUCAAGAUAGUCCAACUGGUUGGAUUGAUGUUAUCGGUAAUUGCAUUGAACCCGAUGGACUUUGCUUUUCUGGAUACAAUUCAAUAUCAGCUUAUUACCAUAAGUCGGUGGGCUGGUGGCGAGUACUACACACAGAAAACGAAUGCUUAGCGAAAGAUGAUGUUAAUUUUCAAAUUUUUUGUAAUAUUAGCAAUUUUAGUAGUGGAAAAUUUCUCAUGCCUCAUGAUUUCAUACUUUUUCACAAGCUGCGGAAGAAGCUGGUCUGCAAUGACUUGCCCUUGGAGGGGUGCUUUCGAGACAAAAAUCUUUACAAAAAUUUUUUCCUUUGUUGGUGCAGUGGAGAGAAUUGCAAUACAAGAAGGAAAAUUACUGAUAUUUACAAAGCUCCCAAUAAUUUGUAUAUUGUAGGAGGAGGAUGUAAGCCUUCUGAAGUGUAG